CACAUUGUUUCCAGCGUGCCACUGGACUACACAAACAGCAGCGCCGGUGUCGCCAAGAUCGCGCUCGGCCGCUACAACGCGACGGCUUCACCCCGCAAGGGCGCCGUCUUCUUCAACCCGGGAGGACCUGGAGGCACUGGUGUGUAUCUCGCAACACAGCUCGGUGCUUCUUUCCAGGAGUUCGUUGGUGAGGACUACGACAUUAUCGGCUUCGACCCGCGUGGGAUUGGUCUGUCCGAGUACGCGUUCAUCGCGAAUACUGUCCUCGAUCGCGGCUAUGACGUCUCACCGAACCUGACGGAUCCGUUCAACCGGUAUCACCUCAUAGAGACCCAGCGGGAUGCGAACGCGCUCUACCAAGCCCAGUUCCAGGUUUGCGCACAGACGAUGGGCGAGACGAUAAAGUACGCGGGCACGACGUCCGUCGUGCGCGACAUCGAUUACAUCAACACCAUACUUGAAGGCAACAACUCGUUGAUCAACUUCUACGGCUUCUCCUACGGGACGGUCAUGGGCCAGUACCUCGUCAAUAUCUUCCCGGACCGCGUUGGACGCGUCGUCAUCGAUGGCGUCGCCGACGCCGACUCGUGGGCGAACAAGGCUCCGUACCAGCAAUUACCCGUAUGGCUCAACUCGACCGAUGCAACAUACAAGCUUCUCUAUUCAGAGUGCGCAAAGGCCGGACCGACGGCCUGUGCACUGGCUACGAAAGAGAACGAAGAUCCGAACGAUAUUUUCAACCGUGUGGAGGACUGGAUCGACAGUCUGUACGAGACGCCCUUAGCGGUACCCAACGCGACACUCCCGGGCAUCCUCACGAACGGCCGCGCACGCCUCUUCAUCGAGGGUGGUCUCGAGGCCCCACUUGGAUGGCCGCAGAUCGCGCUUGGACUCGCAGAGGCGAUGUUGGGUGAUGGCUCGACGAUGCUCAACGCUGUCAACGAGAAGGACCUCGUCGACCUAGAGCGCUCCGCGGUGUCGUGCAACGACCAGAAGCCGUUCGGCCUGCUGAAGCCGGAGACUGUCGUAGACGCAGGUCUCGCCGCGCUUCAAAGCGUGUCGCGCUUCUUCUUCUCUGUCCUCGUCGCCGAGCCCGACUCUGGGUGUCAGUACUGGCCUGUCACUCCCCCAGAGCGGUACCUCGGCCCGUGGAACCACACGCUGAACAAUCCAAUUUUGAUCGUCUCCAAUACUCACGACCCCGUAACGCCCCUCGUCAACGGCCAAGCCGUCCACUCAUACUUGGCUAACUCUUCUGGUCUGCUCAUCCAGAAUAGCCCGGGCCACACAUCCCAAGCGCUCCAGUCGACAUGCACCAAGCAACAUCUGCGUGCGUACUUUGCGAACGGCACGCUUCCUACCCCCGGCACUGUCUGCGAAGUUGAGGAGAGCCCCUUCCCGCCCCCGUCAAACUCGACGGCCUCCAGCAUCAUAGGGUCAGCCGCCAUUGCGGCCUCUGCGAACUCGAAGAUGAGGAUCUCGGAUACCAUCCACCGCAUCACCCCGGACAAACUCCGCAAGGCCAGCGAUCGCUCUCAAGGUGCAAGCUGA